UUCAUCUUCUCAAUCUUGAAAAGAUCAAGACGCGAACGCCCCAAUAUGCAGCGCAACCAUAUCUCAGACCCGAACGAACCGUUCCCUAAGCCACAGGCUCUCGCCUCGGCCACAACGACACACUCGCAAAGCAGAUUCCGCAUCUCGACCCGCAAGCUGCCCAUCUCCAAAUCCGGUACCAUCGAUGCACUCACCGAAAAGAUUGGCAUUCCGAUGCCGGAGAUGAUAUUUGGCGACAACGUCGUCGGAAUUGAACAUGUGCCUUCAGGCUGGUCCCUGAACUUCAACACUCCAGAUGCGCUUGACGCCGUCGACAAGACAGAUCGCCACAUGCUCAAGGUUGCAUAUGCUCGAGACUGGGAGAGCACCCGAGAAGGCACCACACAGGGUAUAAAGGAAGUUGUGAAGCCCUAUGACUGGAGCUACUCGACGACAUAUACUGGUAGCAUCGAAGCCUCGGCUAUGAAGUUUGCACCUACCGACAAGGUGAUCCCUAUUGAGCUCCUGAAGCGUCGAGACCCUAUCCUGUUCUUUGACGAAGUUAUGCUGUACGAGAGUGAGCUGGACGACAACGGCAUAUCCAUCUUCAGCGUCAAAGUCCGCGUGCACGAGAAGCGCAUGCUUUUGCUGUGUCGGUUGUUCAUGCGCCUGGAUAAUGUUGUCCUGCGGAUACGUGACACCCGUGUCUAUGUCGAUUUUGAGACUGAUGAGGUUAUUCGCGAAUACUCGGCGCAAGAAGAGACCUACGAGAAAGUCAAGAGGAAACUUCUCAUGUCCGGAAGACUCCCAGACGACAUUACAAUCGCACUGAGAGAUCCCAACGUCCUAGCUCCACUACUGCCGCUUGUAGAGCAUCGGGCAGAAGCUCUCAACCCAAGUGCAUGAGAACAAAUCAGGACAGGAAAACAAGAACAUCAAGUCACGGCGUUUCUGGAGUUGAGGCAUAUUACACAUUACACAAUGUGUAAGGAGCGGGAUGAAACUCGCAAGUCAAGGAUUUAGUUGUCUGAUAUCAAUAAGCCAUCAAAGUGUCCUCUUUGAAUACCCCCGCCGCAGACCUCUUCACCUUUUGACUCAACUCUGACAUGGGAUCCAUUCUUGCCCU